CGCCCACUCUCCGGAACCGGUGGCAGAGCAGCAGCAGCGAGCAGUGCGACGGCGACGGCACCGCGGAGCCUCCGGGAUGAUCGCCUCCCGACGCCCCGCGUCCCGAGCCCGGCUCUUUUGAUAGAGACUUCGGGCUCCUUGAGGACAUUCCAUUUCUACUUUGAGUCUCCUCUCACUAUACUCAGCGUGAAAUAACGUUCUUAAUGAUUAUCCCCUGCAGGACAGGUGUGACAGGAUUGCUAUUAUAUUACAAUCAUGGUGCAAAAAUACCAGUCCCCGGUGAGGGUGUAUAAACACCCCUUUGAGUUAAUUAUGGCUGCCUAUGAAAGGAGGUUCCCGACGUGUCCUUUGAUUCCGAUGUUUGUGGACAGUGACAUUGUGAAUGAAUUCAAGAGUGAGGAUGGGGCUGUUCACGUCGUAGAAAGACGCUGCAAGCUGGACAUAGACGCACCCCGGCUGCUGAAAAAGAUUGCAGGAGUUGACUACGUUUAUUUUGUCCAGAAAAACUCAUUGAAUUCUCGGGAACGCACUUUGCACAUCGAGGCCCAUAACGAGACGUUCGCCAACCGGGUCAUCAUCAAGGAGCACUGCUGCUACACCGUUCACCCUGAAAAUGAAGACUGGACCUGUUUCGAACAGUCUGCAAGUUUAGAUAUCAAAUCUUUUUUUGGUUUUGAAAGUACAGUGGAGAAAAUUGCAAUGAAACAAUACACCAGCAACAUUAAAAAAGGGAAAGAAAUAAUUGAAUACUACCUUCACCAGUUAGAAGAAGAAGGCAUCACGUUUGUGCCCCGCUGGACGCCUCCGUUGCUCGCGCCCUCCGCUGAGACAUCUGCCUCCUGCAGGAAGCAAGCAGCGUCGCUGGCGGUUGUGGCCCCAGAAGCCGCUCAGAAGGAAGGGCUGGGCAGCGAGGCCUUGGGCACCCCGAGCGGGGCCGCCGAGCCUGCCGCAGGGACCCCUGAUGACAAACUGGAUGCAGACUACAUCAAGCGGUACCUGGGCGACCUGACCCCGCUGCAGGAGAGCUGCCUGAUCCGGCUCCGCCAGUGGCUCCAGGAGACCCACAAGGGCAAGAUCCCAAAAGACGAGCAUAUUCUCCGGUUCUUACGUGCCCGGGACUUCAAUAUUGACAAAGCCCGGGAGAUCAUGUGUCAGUCGCUGACGUGGCGGAAGCAGCACCAGGUGGACUACAUUCUGGACACCUGGCACCCUCCCCAGGUCCUGCAGGACUACUACGCGGGAGGCUGGCACCAUCACGACAAAGACGGGCGGCCCCUCUACGUGCUCCGGCUGGGGCAGAUGGACACCAAAGGCCUGGUGAGAGCCCUCGGGGAGGAGGCCCUGCUGAGAUACGUGCUCUCCAUCAACGAGGAAGGACUCAGGCGGUGCGAAGAGAACACCAAAGUUUUCGGCCGGCCCAUCAGUUCGUGGACCUGCCUGGUGGACCUGGAGGGACUGAACAUGCGCCACCUGUGGAGACCCGGCGUCAAGGCCCUGCUGCGCAUCAUCGAGGUGGUGGAGGCCAACUACCCCGAGACGCUGGGCCGCUUGCUGAUCCUGCGGGCCCCCCGGGUGUUCCCUGUCCUCUGGACACUGGUCAGUCCCUUCAUUGAUGACAACACCAGAAGGAAGUUCCUCAUUUAUGCGGGAAAUGACUACCAGGGUCCCGGAGGCCUGCUGGACUACAUCGACAGAGAGAUCAUCCCCGACUUCCUGGGCGGGGAGUGCAUGUGCGAAGUGCCGGAGGGCGGACUGGUUCCGAAAUCCCUGUACCGGACCGCGGAGGAGCUGGAAAACGAGGACCUCAAGCUCUGGACCGAGACCAUCUACCAGUCUGCCAGCGUGUUCAAAGGAGCCCCGCACGAGAUUCUCGUGCAGAUUGUGGAUGCCUCUUCAGUGAUCACGUGGGACUUUGACGUGUGCAAAGGCGACAUUGUCUUUAACAUCUAUCACUCCAAGAGGUCCCCGCAGCCGCCCAAGAAGGACUCGCUGGGGGCGCACAGCAUCACUUCCCCAGGGGGAAACAACGUGCAGCUGAUCGACAGGGUCUGGCAGCUGGGCCGGGACUACAGCAUGGUGGAGCCGCCGCUGAUUUGCAAAGAAGGGGAGAGCGUGCAGGGCUCCCACGUGACGAGGUGGCCAGGCUUCUACAUCCUGCAGUGGAAGUUCCACAGCAUGCCGGCGUGCGCCGCCACCAACCUGCCCCGAGUGGACGACGUGCUGGCCUCCCUGCAGGUCUCCUCCCACAAGUGCAAAGUGAUGUACUACACUGAGGUGAUCGGGUCGGAGGACUUCAGAGGUUCCAUGACCAGCCUGGAGUCCAGCCACAGCGGGUUCUCCCAGCUGAGCGCCGCCACCACCUCCUCCAGCCAGUCUCACUCCAGCUCCAUGAUUUCCAGAUGGCGAUUUUGCUGACAGCUGCCAAGAAGCUGCUUCCCUCAACCGUGCACAGCAGCCCAGGGAUGUUUGUAGAACUAUUUGAAUCACAGCCAUCCCCCUCCCCCAGUCUGAAGAUCUGUUCUUUUUAAGUUGAUUCAGAAGUGACCCUGUUUUACCUCCAAAGGGUUGAAUGCGUCUUUAAGAGUUCAGAGCGCAGGACCGCGCAGAUACCUGCGGGUUGCUCACGCGUCACUCCGCCGCUCUCCUGGGGCGGGAGCCGGGGCCUGCGCCUCGGUGAUGCGGGCGAGCCCGCCUGUCCUCUCGGUGCCCUGCACUCCUUCAGUAGCUUCUGUCCCCCUGCCUUUCCCAGCACUAAUGAGUCUUUGGGUUUCCCUCCGUGACCGGUGUCUUAAUUCACUUUUCUCCCUAAAUCCACUAUUUACAUGUCAAAUUCUGUAAAUGUUUUGUAAACAUAUUACCUCACUCUUGGUAAUACAAUACUGAUAGUCUUUACAAGAUUUUUUUAUUGUUAUCAAUAAUAAAUGUGAACUGUUUAAAGAAAAGAAAA